AUGGGGGUCAGAUGCGCCAGCCUGUUGGCGCUCUGGCUGGCCGUGGUCUCUGUGGGCGUGAAGGGCACCGAGCAAGUGCGGCCCCGGAACCACGGCCACCACGUCUGCAGCGCUUGGGGCGAUGGACACUACCGGACCUUCGAUGGGGAGGUCUUUCGCUUCCCCGGCCUCUGCGACUAUAACCUGGCUUCCGACUGUCGUGACAGCUACAAGGAGUUUGUUGUCCACGUUGCCCGCGGCCUCAGCUCCGCCGGCCAACUGGUCAUUACGUCCGUCCUCAUCAACGUUCAGGACGUCCUGGUCCAACUGACCCAGCAGCUGGUCAUGGUCAACGGCGACCUAGUUCACCUCCCCUACUUCGCGCCCGGCCUGAUCAUCGAGAAGAGCGACGUCUACACCAAGGUCGCCGCCCGCGUCGGCCUCAAGCUGCUGUGGAACGGAGAAGACGCCCUCAUGCUGGAGCUGGACGCCAAGUUCAAGAACCACACGUGCGGUCUCUGCGGGGAUUUUAACGGCCUGCCCACCUACUUCGAGUUCUUCAGCCAGGGCGUCCCCUUCACAGCCGUGGAGUUCGGGAACCUGCAGAAGGUGACGCACAUGAGGCCGGACUGCGAGGACCCGGAAGAAUCCACCGCCCCUCAGGCCUGCGAGAAGCAUCGUGCCGAGUGUGAGAAGCUGCUGACGCUGCCGGCCUUCGAGUCGUGCCAGGAGGCGGUGGACGUGGAGCCGUUCGUGAAGGCCUGCGUGCAGGACCGCUGCUCCUGUGGCGAGGAGACCCCCGACUCCUGCUUCUGCAACACCUUGGCUCAGUUCUCCCGACAGUGCGCGCAUGCCGGAGGCCGGCCUGGCUCCUGGCGCUCCCCACAACUCUGCACCAAGACCUGCCCCGGAAACAUGGUGUUCCUGGAGAGCGGAUCGCCCUGCGUGGACACGUGCUCCAACCCCGACGUCAGCCUCCUGUGCGAGGAGCACCCCAUGGACGGCUGCUUCUGCCCUCAAGGUACGGUGUUUGACGACCUCAUGGGCCAAGGCUGCAUCCCCCUGGAGCAGUGUCACUGCAAACUGCAGGGUCGCCAGCACGAACCCGGCAGUCGAGUCACCCAGGAUUGCCAUGAGUGCAAGUGCCUCGCCGGUGGAUGGCGCUGCCGGGACCUGCCGUGCCCGGGCACGUGUAAGCUGGAGGGCGGCUCCCACCUGACCACUUUCGACGGGAAGAUGUUCACGUUCCACGGAGACUGCUACUACGUCCUGUCCAAGGGCUCCGGGAACGAUUCCUACACGCUGCUGGCCGAGGUGGUCCCCUGCGGAUCUUCGGACAAGCAGACCUGCCUUAAGACCAUCGUGCUCCUGGCUGACAAGAAUAAGAACUCUUUGGUGUUCAAAUCCGACGGCAGCGUCCUCCUCAACGAACUGGAAGUCAACCUGCCCCACGUGACUGCCAGCUUCUCCGCCUUCCGGCCAUCCUCCCAUCACAUCAUCGUGCGCACUUCCCUCGGGCUCAAGCUGCAGGUGCAACUGCUUCCCGUCAUGCAACUCUUCGUCACCGUGGACCCCAUCGCCAAGGGCUCCCUCCAGGGUCUCUGUGGGAAUUUCAACGGCAUCGAAGGGGACGAUUUCAUGACGGUGAGCGGGCUGACCGAGGCCACGGGUGCCAGCUUCGCCAACACCUGGAAGGCCCACCCCAGCUGCCAGGACAAAGAUGACUGGUUGGACGACCCCUGCGCCCUCAGCAUCGAAAGUGCCAACUACGCGGAGCACUGGUGCUCCCUGCUGAAGAAGCGGGACUCGCUCUUCGGCAAGUGCCACUCGGCCGUGAAUCCCAACGACUAUUACAAGAGGUGCAAAUAUGACACUUGCAACUGCCAGAACAGCGAGGAGUGUCUGUGUGGAGCUCUGUCCUCCUAUGCCCAGGCCUGUGCCACCAAGGGCGUCCUUCUAUGGGGCUGGAGAGAGCAGAUCUGCAACAAGGAGCUGGGCUCCUGCCCCAGCACGCAGGUGUUCUUGUACAACGUGACAUCGUGCCAGCAGACCUGCCGCUCUCUGUCCGAGCGGGACCAGCACUGCCUGCAGGGCCUGGCACCGGUGGACGGCUGCGGCUGCCCCGCUAACACCUUCCUGGACGAGAAGGGCCACUGCGUGCCCAUCACCAAAUGCUCCUGCUACUACCACGGCCGGUACCUGGAGGCCGGGCAGGUGAUCCUCAGGCAGGAGGAACGCUGCGUCUGCCGGAACGGAAGGCUGCAUUGUCUACAAGUCAAGCUGCUGUCACAGAGAUGCCCAGCCCCCAAAAUAAUCGUCGACUGCAACAACCUGACGGCCCUGACCACCCGGACACCGAGGCCCGUCAGCUGCCAAUCCCUGCGCAGCGGCUAUUACCAGACGGAGUGCGUGAGCGGCUGCGUGUGCCCCUUCGGCAUGAUUGAGGACGGGCGCGGAGGCUGCGUGAAGGAGGAGAAGGACUGUCCCUGCCUGCAUAACCGACGCUUCCACGACCCCGGAUCUGUCAUCCACGUCGACUGCAACACCUGCACCUGCACAAAGGGCAGCUGGGAAUGCACAACCAGGCUGUGCCAGGGCACCUGCACCAUCUACGGCAGCGGCCACUACAUCACCUUCGACGGCCACCGCUACAACUUCGACGGCCAGUGCUCCUACGUGGCUGUUCAGGAUUUCUGCGGCACAAAGCCGAGGAGCUCCUUCAGCGUCAUCACCGAGAACGUGCCCUGCGGGACCACUGGGGUCACCUGCUCCAAGGCCAUCAAGAUCUUCCUUGGGGACACCGAGUUGAAGCUGGAGGAAAACCACCAAUCGGUCAUCCAACGCGAUCAGGGAAACCACGUGCCGUACCUCACACGGGAGGUGGGGCUCUACUUCGUGGUGGAGACUCACACCGGAAUCCUCAUCAUCUGGGACAGGAAGACCACCGUCUUCAUCAAGCUGACCCCCGACUACAAGGGCUCUGUCUGCGGCUUGUGCGGGAAUUUCGAUGGGAACACCAACAACGAUAUGAGCACCAGGGACCACAUGGUGGUCACCGACAGCCUGGACUUCGCCAACAGCUGGAAGGAGAACCCCUUAUGCCCGGAUGCCACCUUCCAACCCGAGCCCUGCUCUCGGAACCCGCACCGCCACGCCUGGGCCCAGAAGGAGUGUAGCAUCAUCAAGAGCGAUACCUUCAAGAACUGUCACAACAAGGUGGACCCUAGCUCCUACUACGAAGCCUGCGUCUUCGACUCAUGCUCCUGCGACACUGGGGGAGACUGUGACUGCUUCUGCUCUGCCGUGGCCAACUAUGCACAGGCCUGCAUCAAGGAGGGUGCUUGUGUCAACUGGAGGACCCCCGAACUCUGCCCCGUGUUCUGUGAUUACUACAACUCCCUGAACGAGUGCACUUGGCACUACCACCCCUGUGGCAUAGACAUCCCGACCUGCAGAACCAUCAACAACAUCCACUCCAACUUCUCCAUCAACUAUCUGGAAGGCUGCUACCCAAAGUGCGAGGUCGAUAAACCCAUCUUCGACGAAGACAAGGAGAAGUGCGUGCCUGCUGACCAGUGCGGCUGCUACAUCGAUGACGAACACUACCAUAUCAACGACUCUGUGCCCUCCGACAACAUCUGCAAAACCUGCAUAUGCACGACCACCGGUGUAUCCUGCAAGGAUGAAGAAGUCACCGUCAUUAACCAGACUGUCGACGGCGCCUUCUGUCACUGGAAUAUCUGCAUCGAUGGGACAUUGCGACCUUACUUCAACGUCUGCCAGAGCACUCCAAUCCCAGGCGUCUCCACCUCCACCCCCAUCCCCACCACGACAGUUUCGACUACCACCAUCAUCCCAUCUACAACCUCGUGUGUGCCCGACUGCAUCAGCGGCGACUGGACCGACUCGCACAAACCGUCCUUCUCCAACGGCGGGGACUUCGAGCCCAUCAACUGCAAGCCGGGCUACGAGCCGGAGAGCAUCACUUGCCGGUCGCCCUUCUUUCCCCACCUGCCCAUCGAGGAGCUCGAUCAGGUGGUCACUUGCAACACCGAGGUGGGGUUGGUGUGUCGAAACGAAGACCAGGUCGGGGGCAUGAUGCCCAUCUGCUACAACUACGAGAUCAAAGUCGACUGCUGCAAGCCCCCGUCCCCGGAGUGUAUCUCCACUACGGCUCCCACCACCACAACCCCACCACCACGCCCCCCCACCACGACCACCACACCCACGCCCCCAACCACCACCACCAUGCCUUCGACCACCACCACCACGCCCCCCACCACGACCACCACACCCACGCCCCCAACCACCACCACCAUGCCUUCGACCACCACCACCACAACCACCACCACCACGCCCCCCACCACGACCACCACCCCCACACCCCCAACCACCACCACCGUGCCUUCGACCACCACCACCACGACCACCACACCCACGCCCCCAACCACCACCACGACCACCACACCCACGCCCCCAACCACCACCACCGUGCCUUCGACCACCACCACCACAACCACCAUGCCCCCCACCACGACCACCACACCCACGCCCCCAACCACCACCACCACGCCUUCGACCACCACCACCACAACCACCACCACCACGCCCCCCACCACGACCACCACACCCACGCCCCCAACCACCACCACCGUGCCUUCGACCACCACCACCACAACCACCACCACCGCGCCCCCCACCACGACCACCACACCCACGCCCCCAACCACCACCACCAUGCCUUUGACCACCACCACCACAACCACCACACCCACGCCCCCCACCACGACCACCACACCCACGCCCCCAACCACCACCACCGUACCUUCGACCACCACCUUGACCACCACAGAGAGUACCACCACAACCACGGAAACGACCCCCACCGCUACCCCCAUCGGCCCCACCACCCCCACAUCAACUCCCACCCCCACCACAACGACGACCACCACGACCACCAUACCCACCUCGACCACAACAACCGAGGGCCCCACAACCCCCACGACCACAACUGUGGGCCCCACAACCACCAUAAUCACCACAACCGAGGGACCCACAACCUCCACGACCACAACUGAAAGCCCCACAACCACCACGACCACAACCGAGGGCCCCACAACCACCACGAGCACAACUGAGGGCCCCACAACCACCACGACCACCACAACUGAGGGCCCCGCAACCACCACGAGCACAACCGAGGGCCCCACAACCACCACGACCACCACAACUGAGGGCCCCACAACCUCCACGACCACAACUGAGGGCUCCACGACCACCACAACUGAGGGCCCCGCAACCACCACGAGCACAACCGAGGGCCCCACAACCACCACGACCACCACAACUGAGGGCCCCACAACCUCCACGACCACAACUGUGAGCCCCACAACCACCACAACCAUCACAACCGAGAGCCCCACAACCUCCACGACCACAACUGAGGGCCCCACAACCCCCACAACCACAACAGAGGGCCCCACAACCACCACGACCACCACAACUGAGGGCCCCACAACCACCACAACCAUCACAACCGAGGGCCCCACAACCUCCACGACCACAACUGAGGGCUCCACGACCACCACAACUGAGGGCCCCGCAACCACCACGAGCACAACCGAGGGCCCCACAGCCACCACGACCACCACAACUGAGGGCCCCACAACCUCCACGACCACAACUGUGAGCCCCACAACCACCACAACCAUCACAACCGAGAGCCCCACAACCUCCACGACCACAACUGAGGGCCCCACAGCCCCCACAACCACAACAGAGGGCCCCACAACCACCACGACCACCACAACUGAGGGCCCCACAACCACCACAACCAUCACAACCGAGGGCCCCACAACCUCCACGACCACAACUGAGGGCUCCACGACCACCACAACUGAGGGCCCCGCAACCACCACGAGCACAACCGAGGGCCCCACAGCCACCACGACCACCACAACUGAGGGCCCCACAACCUCCACGACCACAACUGUGAGCCCCACAACCACCACAACCAUCACAACCGAGAGCCCCACAACCUCCACGACCACAACUGAGGGCCCCACAGCCCCCACAACCACAACAGAGGGCCCCACAACCACCACGACCACCACAACUGAGGGCCCCACAACCACCACAACCAUCACAACCGAGGGCCCCACAACCUCCACGACCACAACUGAGGGCUCCACGACCACCACAACUGAGGGCCCCGCAACCACCACGAGCACAACCGAGGGCCCCACAGCCACCACGACCACCACAACUGAGGGCCCCACAACCUCCACGACCACAACUGUGAGCCCCACAACCACCACAACCAUCACAACCGAGAGCCCCACAACCUCCACGACCACAACUGAGGGCCCCACAACCCCCACAACCACAACAGAGGGCCCCACAACCACCACGACCACCACAACUGAGGGCCCCACAACCACCACAACCAUCACAACCGAGGGCCCCACAACCUCCACGACCACAACUGAGGGCUCCACGACCACCACAACUGAGGGCCCCGCAACCACCACGAGCACAACCGAGGGCCCCACAGCCACCACGACCACCACAACUGAGGGCCCCACAACCUCCACGACCACAACUGUGAGCCCCACAACCACCACAACCAUCACAACCGAGAGCCCCACAACCUCCACGACCACAACUGAGGGCCCCACAACCCCCACAACCACAACAGAGGGCCCCACAACCACCACGACCACCACAACUGAGGGCCCCACAACCACCACAACCAUCACAACCGAGGGCCUCACAACCUCCACGACCACAACUGAGGGCUCCACGACCACCACAACUGAGGGCCCCGCAACCACCACGAGCACAACCGAGGGCCCCACAGCCACCACGACCACCACAACUGAGGGCCCCACAACCUCCACGACCACAACUGUGAGCCCCACAACCACCACAACCAUCACAACCGAGAGCCCCACAACCUCCACGACCACAACUGAGGGCCCCACAACCCCCACAACCACAACAGAGGGCCCCACAACCUCCACGACCACAACUGUGAGCCCCACAACCACCACAACCAUCACAACCGAGAGCCCCACAACCUCCACGACCACAACUGAGGGCUCCACUACCCCCACAACCACAACCGAGGGUCCCACAACCACCACAACCCCCACGACCACCGCACCCACCACGACCACCACAACCGAGGUCACUACACCCACCACCACACCCACCCCGACCACCACAUCCACCGCCACGCCCACCCCGUGCGUGCCCGACUGCUACGGGACCGGGUGGAUCGACUCGGUCAAACCGAUGCCCCCCAGCACCGGGGACUACGAGUUCGUCAAAUGCAGCCAGGGCUACGAGGCGGAGAACAUCACGUGCCGGUCGACCUCCUUCCCCGACACUUCCCUCGACCAGCUCGGGCAGGUGGUCGAAUGCAACACCGAAGUGGGGCUCGUGUGCCACAACAAGGACCAGAGCGGACAACAGAUGCCCAUCUGCUACAACUACAAGAUCAACGUCAUCUGCUGCCGCCCUCUGAGCCCGGACUGCUUCACCACCGUGCCCACGUCCUCGCCCACCACCUCAUCUACCACCUCGCCCAUCACUUUGCCGACCACUUCGCCCACCUCCUCACCCACCACCACGUCCACCACCUCGCCCAUCACUUCGCCGACCACUUUGCCUACCUCCUCACCCACCACCACGUCCAUCACCUCACCCACCACUUCGUCGACCACUUCGCCCACCUCCUCGCCCACCACCACGUCCAUCACCUCGCCCACCACUUCGCCGACCACUUCGCCCACCUCCUCACCCACCACCACGUCCACCACCUCACCCACCACUUCGCCGACCACUUCGCCCACCUCCUCAACCACCGCCACGUCCAUCACCUCACCCACUACUUCGUCGACCACUUCGCCCACCUCCUCGCCCACCACCACGUCCAUCACUUCGCCCACCACUUCGCCGACCACUUCGCCCACCUCCUCGCCCACCACCACGUCCAUCACCUCACCCACCACUUCGCCGACCACUUCGCCCACCUCCUCGCCCACCACCACGUCCACCACCUCGCCCACCACUUCGCCGACCACUUCGCCCACCUCCUCGCCCACCACCACGUCCACCACCUCGCCCACCACUUCGCCGACCACUUCGCCCACCUCCUCAACCACUGCUACGUCCAUCACCUCACCCACUACUUCGUCGACCACUUCGCCCACCUCCUCGCCCACCGCCACAUCCAUCACCUCGCCCACCACUUCGCCGACCACUUCGCCCACCUCCUCGCCCACCACCACGUCCAUCACCUCGCCCACCACUUCGCCGACCACUUCGCCCACUUCCUCACCCACCACCACAUCCAUCACCUCGCCCACAACUUCGUCAACCACUUCGCCCACCUCCUCGCCCACCACCACAUCCAUCACCUCACCCACCACUUCGCCGACCACUUUGCCCACCUCCUCGCCCACCACCACGUCCACCACCUCGCCCACCACUUCGCCGACCACUUUGCCCACCUCCUCGCCCACCACCACGUCCAUCACCUCACCCACCACUUCGCCGACCACUUCGCCCACCUCCUCGCCCACCACCACGUCCAUCCCGUCGCCCACCACUUCGCCGACCACUUCGCCCACCUCCUCGCCCACCACCACAUCUAUCACCUCGCCCACCACUUCGCCGACCACUUCGCCCACCUCCUCGCCCACCACCACGUCCACCACCUCACCCACCACUUCGCCGACUACUUCACCCACCUCCUCGCCCACCACCACAUCCACCACCUCACCCACCACUUCGCCCACUGUGUCCACCACACUCACAGAAGAGACCACCACGACCAAGGGAACGACCACCACAGGCCCCACCACCACCACCGGGACCCCCAUUCCGGAGUCAACCACCACGCCCACUACCACCACCACCACCGAGAUUCCCACCGGGUCGACCUCUACUCCCUCCCCCACCACCUCUACCACAGUCACGACCUCUCCGACCACCACCACCACCACCUGGUCGACAACACCCUCGUGUGAUCCUGACUGCUACGAGGAUGGUUGGAUGGACUCCAACAAACCGUCACCCUCCAACCCCGGGGACCGAGAGCCCAUCAACUGCAAGCCGGAAUACGUCGCGGAGAACAUCACGUGCCGUUCGACCGACUUCCCCGAGGUGCCCAUCGGUGACCUCGGGCAGGUGGUCGAGUGCAACGUCGAGGAUGGGCUGGUGUGCAAAGACGAGGACCAGACCGGGAGACCGCCGCACGUCUGCCUCAACUAUGAGAUCAAAGUUACCUGCUGCCGCCCCCUGCCCUCAUGGUGCUACUCCACCACACCCACCAUCUCGCCCACUACCACCUCCACCAGCUCGACCACCUCCUCACCCACCACCACCAUCACUCCCGGGCCAACCACCACGACGACCACCGGGCCCACCACCACAACCACCAGUGGACCCCCCACAACCACUAAAGAACCAUGUGAUCCUAACUGCUACGAGGACGGUUGGAUCGACUCCAACAAACCGUCACCCUCCAACCCCGGGGACCGAGAGCCCAUCAACUGCAAGCCGGAAUACGUCGCGGAGAACAUCACGUGCCGUUCGACCGACUUCCCCGAGGUGCCCAUCGGUGACCUCGGGCAGGUGGUCGAGUGCAACGUCGAGGAUGGGCUGGUGUGCAAAGACGAGGACCAGACCGGGGGACCGCCGCACGUCUGCCUCAACUACGAGAUCAAAGUUACCUGCUGCCGCCCCCUGCCCUCAUGGUGCUACUCCACCACGCCCACCAUCUCGCCCACUACCACCUCCACCAGCUCGACCACCACCUCACCCACCACCACCACCACUGCUGGGCCCACAACAACCACCCCCAGGCCCACCACCCACGACGACCACCCCUGGGCCCACAACGACCACGCCUGGGCCCAUCACAAUAACCACCAGUGGGCCCACCACAACUACCCCGGAACCCACAACAACAGCCACUGGCAGGCCCACCACCACGACCACACCCGGUCCCACCACGACCACCCCAGGGCCCACCAUAACAACUACCGGCGGGCCCACCACGACCACCCCUGGACCCACCACGACCACCCCUGGGCCCACUACAACAACCACCAGUGGGCCCAGCACCACAACAACCACGGGUGGGUCAACCACCAGGACAACCCCUGGGCCCACCAGCAUGACGACCACCGGGCCCACCACCACAACCACCAGUCCCCCGACAAUCAGGCUGAGGGGCGGGGCGGCCUUGUCGGGAUCUGGGGCAGGAGAGACUCAGAGGGGCUUGGGGUAAGAAAGAGACGAUCACUGGUGGAGGGUCCGAAGUGGGUGGUGAAUCACAAGGCAGUGGAUGGAAAACGGUCGGAACUACAGGAUGAGACCACUACAACAGAGGGAACGACCACCACCGGCCCCACCACUACCACCACAGGGACCCCCACUCCCAGCUCGACCACCUCUCCAGUGACGACCACCACUCCGCCCGGAUCGCCCACCCCUACCACCACGACCACCGAGACCCCAACCCCCACCCCUACCACCACGACUGGUCCGACUUCUUCAACUACCCAGUCCCCGCCUCCUCCCUCGACAACAACGCCAGGCCCAUGUGAUCCUAACUGCUACGAGGACGGUUGGAUCGACUCCAACAAACCGUCACCCUCCAACCCCGGGGACCGAGAGCCCAUCAACUGCAAGCCGGAAUACGUGGCGGAGAACAUCACGUGCCGUUCGACCGACUUCCCCAAGGUGCCCAUCAGUGUCCUCGGGCAGGUGGUCGAGUGCAACGUCGAGAAUGGGCUGGUGUGCAAAGACGAGGAUCAGACCGGGAGACCGCCGCACGUCUGCCUCAACUACGAGAUCAAAGUUACCUGCUGCCGCCCCCUGCCCUCAUGGUGCUACUCCACCACGCCCACCAUCUCGCCCACUACCACCUCCACCAGCUCGACCACCACCUCACCCACCACCACCACCACUUCCGGGGUCCACUACAACAACCACUGGUGGGCCCACCACCACGACCACCCCCGGGCCCACCACGACCACCCCGGGGCCCACCACAACAACAACCAGUGGACCCACCACCACACCCACCCCCGGGGCCACCACGACCACACCCGGGUCAACCACGACCACCCAGGGCCCCACCACGACAACCACCAGUGGGCCCACCUCCACAACAACUACAGGCUGGCCCACCAACAUAACAACUACUGGCAGUCCCACCACAACCACCCCAGGGCCCACCACAACAACCACCAGUGGGCCCACCACAACGACCACCCCCGGGCCCACCACGACCACCCAGGGACCCACCACGACAACCACCCCCGGGCCCACCACGACCACCCAGGGACCCACCACGACAACCACCAAGCCCACCACAACCGAGGGAACGACCACCACCGGCCCCACCACUACCACCACCGGGACCUCCACUCCCAGCUCGACCACCUCUCCAGUGACGACCACCACUCCACCCGGAUCGCCCACCCCUACCACCACGACCACCGGGACCCCAACCCCCACCCCUACCACCACGACUGGUCCGACUUCUUCAACUACCCAGUCCCCGCCUCCUCCCUCGACAACAACGCCAGCUCCCUGGAGGACGGUUGGAUCGACUCCAACAAACCGUCACACUCCAACCCCGGGGACCGAGAGCCCAUCAACUGCAAGCCGGAAUACGUCGCGGAGAACAUCACGUGCCGUUCGACCGACUUCCCCGAUGUGUCCAUUGGUGACCUCGGGCAGGUGGUCGAGUGCAACGUCGAGAAUGGGCUGGUGUGCAAAGACGAGGAUCAGACCGGGAGACCGCCACACGUGUGCCUCAACUACGAGAUCAAACAUCUCGCCCACUACCACCUCCACCAGCUCGACCACCACCUCACCCACCACCACCACCACUCCCGGGCCCACCACAACCACCCCCGGGCCCACCACAACAACCACUGGACCUACCUCCAUGACAAGCACCAGCGGGCCCACCACAACCACCCCAGGGCCCACUACAACAACCACUGGUGGGCCCACCGCCACGACUACCCCCGGGCCCACCACGACCACCCCAGGGCCCACCACAACAACCACCAGUGGACCCACCAUCACAACCACCAGUGGGCCCACCACGACAACCACCAGUGGGCCCACCACUACGACAACCACCAGUGGGCCCACCACCACGCCCACCCCCGGGCCAACCACGACCACACCCGGGUCAACCACGACCACCCAGGGCCCCACCACGACACCCACCGGUGGGUCCACCUCCACAACAACCACAGGCUGGCCCAACAUCACAACAACUACUGGCAGUCCCACCACAACCACCCCAGGGCCCACCACAACAACCACCAGUGGGCCCACCACAACGACCACCCCCGGGCCCACCACGACCACCCAGGGGCCCACCACGACAACCACCAUGGACCCCACACAACCACUAAAGAGCCCACCACAACCGAGGGAACGACCACUACCGGCCCCACCACUACCACCACCGGGACCCCCACUCCCAGCUCGACCACCUCUCCAGUGACGACCACCACUCCGACCGGAUCGCCCACCCCUACCACCAAGACCACGGGGACCCCGUCCCCCUCCCCUACCACCAUGACUGAACCAACGACUCCCAGUGGGACCCCCCCGACCACUCCUCGAAGCACCACGGGCCCCCCGGAAACCACCACUCCCACUCAGACGUCCACGCCUCCCUCCACUCCGACUCUGAGCUCCACCUCCACGCCGACCCCGACUUCCAGCACUUCUGCGACCACCUCUUCCAUCACGCCCACCAAGAUCAUAACCUCCACCGUCACUGUCAUUACAGCAACCAUUGUACGAUGUUGUGUGGUGAAUAAUGGCUCAGAAGACUUAUUCUACGCACCAGGCGAGGUCAUCUACAAUGGUCAACUCAACGGACAUUGCUACUUCGCCAACUGUUCGGACAGUUGCCAGGUGGAGGUCUUCAACUGGACGUGCCCGGAAACAACUCCGGGGACCCCGACUCCAUCCACCCCGACUCCAUCCACUCCAACCCUCACCCCUAGCACCACGACCCCAACUACAACCACCACCACCCCGUCUACAACCACCCCCACCACCUCAUCUACACCCACCACCACCACACCAUCUGCACCCCCCUCCGGCGUAUGUGACUUAGACCCCCCCAGACAGACGAACGAGACGUGGUGGCUGUGUAACUGCACCAUGGCUAUCUGCCUGCGUGACAACGUGGUCGCCAUCGUCCAGAAGAAGUGCGAAGAACCGCCCCAGCCCACCUGCACCAACGGCCUCACCCCCAUCCGUGUCCCCGACCCCGACGGCUGCUGUUGGCACUGGGAAUGCGACUGCGUCUGCACCGGCUGGGGAGACCCCCACUACAAGACCUUUGAUGGCACCUACUACAGUUACCAGGGCAACUGCACCUACGUGCUGGUGGAGGAGAUCGAGAAGAAAGUGGACAACUUCGGCGUCUACAUCGACAACUACCACUGCGACGUCAACGACCACGUGUCCUGCCCACGCACCCUCAUCAUCAGGCACGAGACCCAGGAAGUGCACAUCAAAACCGUGCGGCUGGUGCCCAUCCAAGUCGAGGUGCAGGUCAACAACAAGAGGGUGGCAAUGCCCUACCAGAAAUAUGGGCUCCGCAUAUUUACCUCGGGCAUCAACUACGUGGUGGAGAUCCCGGAGCUGGGCACCAACGUCUCCUACAAUGGCCUGGCCUUCUCCAUUAGGAUGCCCUACUCCAAGUUCGGGAAUAACACCCAGGGCCAAUGCGGAACCUGCACCAACAACACGGCGGACGACUGCAUGCUGCCCUCGGGCGAGGUGGUCGACAACUGCGAGUACAUGGCGGACGAGUGGGUGGUCAACGACCCCACCAAGCCACACUGCCCACACUUGAGCACGACCACCGAGGCCCCGCACACCACCCUGCCACCCGACUGCAAACCCUCGCCUCUCUGCCAACUCAUCAAGGACAGCCUCUUCUCCAAGUGCCAUGCCGCCGUCUCCCCAGACGACUUCUACAAUGCCUGCGUCUUUGACAGCUGCUCCGUCCCCAAUGAUGGCAUAGAGUGUGCCAGUUUGCAGGCCUACGCCACCCUCUGUAGCUCUGAGGGCCACUGUGUCGCCUGGAGAAACCACACUCGGGGAAGUUGCCCCAUGACUUGCCCCAGCAACAAAGAGUAUCGGGCAUGUGGACCGGAGAAUGAGCCCAGCUGCAAGAGCAGCGUUGGACCCCAGAACAGUACCCAGUUAAUCGAGGGCUGCUUCUGCCCAGAGGGCACCAUCAACUAUGCCCCUGGAAUGGACGUCUGCAUGGAUAUAUGUGGCUGCGUCGGACCAGACAAUAUACCACGGCAGUUCGGUGAGACCUUCGUCCUGGACUGCAAUGACUGCAUCUGUCUGGAGGGUGGCAUGGGCAUCCAGUGCCAGCCCAAGAAGUGCCCCCAGAUGCUGUUGAGGGCAUGUCCUGAAGAUGGCACCUAUCCCGUGGUGGAGUACAACCCCAACGACCCAUGCUGCAACAUCUCCACGUGCCGUUGCAACGUCAGCCUCUGCAAGGCCAAGCCGCCCAAGUGCUCGCUUGGAUUUGAGCUCAAGAGCGAGCUGGUCCCAGGCCGGUGCUGCCCUGUCUACUCCUGUGUGUCGAAGAGAGUCUGUGUCGUCGGAGACGCUGAAUACAAGCCCGGCUCCCCUAUUUACUCAGACAAAUGCCAGAAGUGUAAAUGCACCAGCCAUUUCAACUCCAGCUCUCAACUCAACAUCGUGGAAUGCAGUCCCGUGCCAUGCACCACUUCAUGCAAACCGGGUUUCACCGAGACGCAGGUCUUGGGCGAGUGUUGUCCCAAGUGUGAACAGACUCACUGUGUCUGGACCAAGUUUACCCCGAACCUCCUCCUGAAACCUGGGGAGAUAAAGAAUGACCCUAUGGACAACUGCACCGUGUACAGCUGCGUAAAGCACAAAGAGCAAUUCAUCUCCUCCAUCUCUGAGAUCACCUGCCCCGACUUCGACCCCGACACCUGCGAGCCCGGCACGAUCACUUUUAUGCCCAACGGCUGCUGUAAGACAUGUGUCCCCCGCGACGAGACCAAGAUCCCGUGCUCGCUGGUGCCAAGCUGGGAGUUCAUCAGUUACAAAGGCUGCCGUAGCCCCCAGAAAGUCCAGCUCAGCCACUGCACUGGUGUCUGCCAAACCUACUCCAUGUACUCAGCCAUGGCAAACUCCUUGAACUACAAGUGUUCCUGCUGCAAAGAGGAGAAGACAACUACACGUGAGAUCCUGCUGGACUGCCCGAAUGGAAGCCAGCUCAGCUACACCUAUACAGUCAUUGACAGCUGCCAGUGUGAGGAAACGGCCUGCCGUUACCCCUCCCGAAACCUUGCCGGUGAGGAGGCCGCCCCUGUUCACGCCGAGGAGACACGCCAGGGUUCCGGGGUCAGCGGCAGCACGGCCCGUGACCGCUGUUGA